AUGAUCACAACCACAAACUCUAACUACCACCAGAAGCACCUUUAACCUUAUCUUUUCUUUUUCUUUUUUGACAAAUACCUUAACUUUUCUAUUUACACUAUUCCCGCCAGUAUGAUCGGUAUCAAAUGAGAGUGUUCCCUAAUCAAUUAGACCAAACUAUCGAAUUGGUGCGAUGGCAGAAGCAGUGGUGUCGACUGCGCUAGAAACCUUGCGCGAUUUGUUGCUGGAAGAAGCAAGGUUUUUAUAUGGUGUGGGUGACGAAGUGAGGGAGCUCGAGACGCAGCUAAAAGAGAUGAAGUGUCUCCUCAAAGAUGCCGACAGAAGACGACAUGAAAGCAGCGUUAUUUUGAAUUGGAUCUCGGAGAUUAGAGAUCUUGUCUACAGAGCGGAAGCUGCCAUUGAAAGACACGCAGCUUAUCAAGUGUCUUCAAGGAGAAGGCGAGGCCUCAAACAGCUCGUACGCAAAUGUACCUGUGUUGUGGAAGAAUGCUACUCAAUCCACCAAUUAGGCUCGGACAUUUCACCGAUCAAAUCCCGUCUUGAAAGGAUAAACAAGGAAAUGUUAGAAAGCGGCAUUAAGAGCAUCAUCAACAAUCGAGAUGAAGGGGAAAGCUCGUCCGCCAACAACAGGACAAGGAAGAGCUUCCCCGAUUAUGAGAUCGGGGACUGUUUCGUGGGGAUGGAGGAUGAGCUGAAGCAGUUUGGUAAUCUCCUAAGGCAAGACAACGAGGAUCGAGUUAUUUCAGUGUGGGGAAUGGGGGGUUUAGGCAAGACCACCAUUGCCAGAAAGCUCUACAACGAGACCAGCUUUGAUCUUUCCGCAUGGGUUUGCAUCACUCAACAAUGUCAGUUUCGAUCAGUUUGGGAGGAUGUUCUGAAGCAGCUACAACAUCAAAACAGGAAUGAUGGGCCACAGAUAAGGGAGGACGUUGUUCCAAGUCUGAGCGAGUCGGAGUUGAAGGAGCGACUAUGUAAGAUACAAAGAGAGAAGCGAUGCCUCAUUGUUUUGGACGAUCUUUGGAAAGUUUCUGAUUGGGAUGAGUUGAAGCAUCCCUUCGUUAUCCAAAACUUGCAAAGCAAAAUCUUGGUUACCACGCGGGAAAGAAAGGUUGCAGAGAUUGGAUUCCCAGUAAAACUUGGGCUUCUAAAUGUGGAAGAUGCUUUAGAACUACUCAAGAAGAAAGCAUUCCCUCGUACCAACAUUCCAGAUUUUGCAUCCGAAGAAAAAUUUGAGAAAAUUGGGAAAGAAAUGGUGCAAAAAUGUGGGUAUUUGCCGUUGGCAAUUUCUAUACUCAGUGGGGUCUUGAGAAUGAAAAAUACGAUGAUGGAGUGGGAGUUAGUAAAUGAGGAUAUCAAAGAAUACAUAUAUAGAGAUGAAAAUCAAAUUGAUGGAGUGCUAAAUUUAAGCUAUGAAAGUCUACCAUAUUACUUGAAGCCUUGCUUUCUCUAUAUGGGUUUAUUAGAAGAGGAUGAAAUCAUACAUGUUUGGGAUCUAUAUAGGAUGUGGAUAGCACAAGGCAUGAUUUCAUAUGAGAAUGUUCGAGACAAGGACAAAACUUUGAUUGAAAUCGCAGAGCUCUACUUGGGUGAGUUGGCCUCCAUGUCCAUUGUCCAAGUUCAAAUUCACGAUGGUGUCACGCCUGGAAGAAAAUAUUGGAGCUGCGAACUUCAUGAUGUAGUAAGAGAACUAUGUUUAAAAUUGGGGAAAAUGGAGGAUUUUGGUGCGCUCAGUUUGGAGUAUCAAAGUGGGAAACUUACUACCUUACUACAACGAGCUUCCUCACAUAUGAAAAUACGAUAUUUGGUUAUCCAUUUCAGAACAAGAGAAGUCGAAGUGGAACCUGAUGAGCUUGGAGAAGCUAGCAGCAAACAUUUAAGGUCUCUUCAAAUAUUCAAUGUCAAUAAUUCGAGUGUUGAUGUUGAGUUCCCCCCGCAAAGUAUUAUUGAUUUUCAUAAAUUCAAUUUUCUCAGAGAUCUAGUUAUGGUGAGAUUCAAAUUUGCUGGAAGAAAGUUACCAAAAGGAAUCACUAAUCUUGUUCACCUUAGACGUUUGCGCUUACGAGAAUGUAAAUUUGAUAAGCUACCGUCAUCCAUAAAGAAUUUGGUGUACAUGGAUACCCUUGAUUUAUUUGGUUCGAAUAAUGUCGAAGUUUCAAAUGUUUUUAAGAAGAUGCUACGUUUAAAACACUUGGCUCUUCCCCAGUAUGAUGAGGAAAAUGCUGGAAGUUAUAGAUUAACAUUGGACGAGGGAGUGGCUGAGUUGGAGAGCCUAUGGCAGUUGGAUAGUAGAGUGCAUGAAUUAAAAUGUAUGAACAGGAUGAAGAAUUUGCGACGUUUCUCAACAAUAAUACACGACAAUCAAAGCUUGUCAGCCAUCAUCGACGCCGUUGCUAUCAUGGACAAGUUAGUGGUUUGUGCGGUUCAAAUCGAAGAGGGUUGCGAGUUAGGAACAAAUGUGAGAGUGUUGAACAAGGCAUUCACAUGUCCCAAUCUUCAUAUCUUGUCCAUUAAAGUUAAGUUAGGGAAGGCACUGGCAGAGUGCGGGCGUGCCUUCAUCAAUUCUAAACUUACGAAUUUGUUAAUGCAAGAAUGUGAGAUUGAGGAUGAUCCAAUGGGGAUACUGGGGAACCUUCCUUGCUUGAGAAAUUUGUUUCUAUACUCGAAAUCAUUUGUUGGGGAGGAGAUGACGUGUCCAUCAAACAGUUUUCCUCACCUCAAGAAGCUUGAACUAUAUUACUUACCAAAGUUUAGGGAGUGGAGAGUGGAUGCAGGAGCCAUGCCCCUUCUCUCUCAAUUGGUGAUCGAAGGGUGUUCUAGUAUGGAGAUGGUUCCAGAUGGAUUCAGUGGCAUUUCCACUCUUCGGGAACUGAAUAUCUUUAAAAUGCCAGAAUUGGGGAAGAGGGUAUUGCCAUCAGGAGAGGAUUUCCACAAAGUCAGCCACGUCCCUUCAAUUUUCAUCCAAGACGAUUUCUAGUCUAGUCUCCACUCAGGUUACUUUUCUUUCCCCUUAAAGCUACAAAUCUUGUUGUUGCAAGUCCCAAGUUUCACUUUAAUAAUCACUUAUUUUGAAAUAAAUGUGUGUAUUUCAUUGUAUCCCCAAGUGUCACAUUGGGGUUGUGGCCAUAUUCUAUUCCACGUAGAGUUGGUUUUGAUGAGAUUCAGAUCAUGAGUCUUUGUUUGUAAUUCCUGCAGGAGAUUUUAAGCUUUAUUUAUGCUCUUGAAUUGUGAUUUU